AUGGACGACAAAAGUGAUUCGUUGUCGAUAUCGUCGACAUUGUCGCCAUCUACGCCGUCGACAAUAACAGACACAUGGACGACAGCCUCUGUAGCGCCGACGACGGCGUUGUCCACAGUCAACACGGCCAGCUCAGCAACAAACAGCACAUUGCGGCCCAUGCAGACAGCCUUUGAACAGCCCGCCAGCUGCACCGGUCACUUCUCCACGACAUCGUACCUCUACUACAACACGACCAACUUCGACUACACACACGUCACGCUCGCAAUCUCAGACACGCGCCAUCCGCAGUUUGCGACGUGCCAGCCGCCAGGAUGGGACACGGUCGUCCCGCGCCAGCGGUUCGUCUUCAGUCCCGGCGUCUGCCCGCAGGCUUGGACCGCAUACGAUCUGUCGGCCACGACCACGCGCUAUGAGACAACCGUGUCCAGUGCCUACUGCUGCUCCAGCGGCUUCACGCUGUCGUAUGACUACCCUUACCAGACGCACAGCACCAGCGCCAUCUACACCAGCGACGAUGACGGCGCGUUCUACACGCUCUACCCGGGGCCCGUGAGCGGGUACCACGGCCCGGGCUGCUACCGACGGAUUCCAGUAACGCCAGAGACGACGACGACGGCGGCGGCGGCGGCGGCAACCCCCUCCGUGUCGCUCGAGAUGCAUCUCCCGUACAGCGUGCAGUGGAAGGCCGACGACACCCAGCACAUGUCGCCGACGCCGCCGCCGGUGCCCUGUACCUACAGCCUGUACGCGUGGACGCCGGGGGCCCAGAUGCUCGGGACCAACGACGCCACCUACGGCGCCGGCGGCAGCCUCUACGUCGCCGCGACGGACGGCGCCGGGUUCGGCACCUAUGUCGCGACGACCAGCAACGCGCCCGUCAACACCGACUGCCCGCUCGUCGAGGGCAUCGGCAAGGGCGUCAACCACGGCUACGCAUCGACCAUGUACUUUGUCAUGAUUGGCAUUCCCCUCAUUGCCGUCGCGUUCAUUUCGUGCUGCACGUUUCUGUGUGUGCGCGGGCACCGCCGCAACAAACGAGACAAGCGCCAACUGGAGGAGCGAGCAGCGCAGGAGAAGCGGGAGGUGGAACAGGCGAUUGCACAAUCAUUGACCGAGGCAAAACCGCCUGCACAGAACGAGACAGCGGCCGUUGCGGGGGCCGCCGAGGGCGUGGCAGGCCCGUCUGGUACGAAAUGA